AUGGAUCAACUUUCUGUCCACUCUAAAAAGGUAUGGAAGUUCCUACGUCAACGAUUCCCUUGUAACAGGGUACUCGCGCAGAGGAUUUUCAAGUCUACCGUGAGUGCAACGGUGGCGCUCAUCUUUUGUUUGAUACCGAAGGUUCGAGAUCGGCUGGGAAAUCAGCCUGCAAUGUUGCCCUUAAUUGCGGUCAUGGUGCACCCCGGACGUCGGAUCAGUGCUACUAUUCAGGGAGCCAUGUACUGCAUAACCGGUCUUUUAAUAGGCUUGGCAUACUCGCUACUGGGACGCUUUGUUGCCCAGCGCUGCCUAGGACAUACGUGGAAUAGUAUCAGUGAACUAGAACAGUAUUCUCUCAAUUAUCGUCGCUACGAAUCUGCACUAGCUCUACUGGCAGUUUUCGAGACUCUUAUGCUGUUUGUACAUGGAUGGAUGAGAUCCGUAUCUCACCACUAUUUUCAUAUUGUUUUUCCUCUGUUUCUGGUGGUUCACUUCGCAUUUAUGGCGCCCCUAACUGAAAAUGCAGGAACAAUAGCCAAAGCAUUCAGCGUUCCUUUUUACCUUGGAAUUGCAAUGUCCAUUUUUUGGAAUCUUAUGCUAUUCCCCGAAUUCGGCAGCACUUACCUUGGCAACAAUACAAUGGAUGUUUUGAAUGAAAUACAUAAAUCCAUUGACUCUGCUAUCAACUUCUUCAUUUCUAUCGAUGUUAAAGAUCUAUCCCAAUCUUUAUAUGACGAGGAACCCAUUUCUUUAGCGAAACUGCUCAAAUUGAAAAGUUCGAUAGAUGGCAAAGUCAGUAAUUGCAACCUGGUGCUGGAGGAGUGCAUGUAUGAAAUUUCGUAUUCUUACCUCUCCCCCUCGGAUCUGGCUGCUAUUAUCAAAAGAUUCGAUCACUUAUCGAAAUACAUCAGCGCACUUAUUAAUGCCUGUCAAUUGGAAUUCAUGUUACUCGGGAGACACCGGAAACAAGCAGCGGGUGAUGGCGUCAUGCUCAAAACUGAGAAGGAAAUCUAUCAUGCGGACGCCAAGAAGCUGCUCAAGGUUCUUAAGCAAAUGAAGGCACCAAUUUUCGACCUUCACAAAACACUGAGUCAAUCACUUUUUAUAAUUAAAGCAGCACUGGCCUACUGUUUCGACGUGAAAAUGGAAAUUGUGCACACGCAGGCACUUUCAGCGAGUUUAGGAGUUUUUGGUUCGCCUGGAGACGUACUCGACGACGCAAAUAUAGAAAGAUCUAUAUCUGACCUCGUGAAUGGAGUAAUUGAGUUUGACCUCAGGGCUAGAGAAGUGCUAAUUCACCUGGAUGAUGACCUUUUACAGCCGAGUGACGAAAUGUUUCUUUUCUCUUCCUUUUUGAUGAACUUCAAAGAGACUACAAAUACAAUAAUCGAGAUGAUGAAGGAAAUGCACAAAAUCUAUAAAGAGAGAAAUUACAAGGAGUCCAUGGGCUCGUUGAGAGGAAGAACUUUGUGGAUCAACUUCUUACGUAGUUACACUUCCUUUGAGGUGUGGUUGAAGGGCGCUACAAGAGGAAAAAUCACCGAAAGUCAAAGUUUAACUGGAGGGACUACCGGGCAAAAUAAUCGCCCCGCUGCAGAUAUGGGUAUCAAAAGACCACACGAAGAAGAGCGGGCAAUUCUUUCACAGAGAAAGUCUGAUCUUAUGAGGCUCUCAAAUAUGCAGCACACUUUGCCCCAAGUAAACUCUUUUCAAGGCCCGCUGGUGAAAAGUAAAAGCAUCCGCGGUGUUGAGUGGUUUUUUGACAUCUCAAGGAAUCUGGUCAACGUGUCAAGUUUUUCCAAGAUCCUUAUUUUCUGUCAUAGCUUCUAUGCCAGCUACAAAGAGCAUUUUAGAUUUGGGAUGCAGGUGACUGUUGCGCUCAUGUUAGCUUCGUUUCCGAUGUUUAUCCCUAAGACCAGAGAUUGGUAUAUCAACGUUCGUGGAACUUGGAUAGGCUUUGUGUGCAUUCUGGCUUUAGAGCCCUCUGUCGGAGGUACAUUUUGGGUAUUUUUUUUGAGAGGCGUUGGUGUGAUCUUAGGUGCUGCUUGGGCCUAUGUGUCAUAUUUGGCGGGGCGUAAUCAAACCAAUCCUUACCUUGAAGUGGUGGUCACCAUUUUUGGCGCUAUUCCCGGGUUCUACUUCUUGUUGGGGACACCUUAUGUGAAAGCGGCAAUAAUUCAAAUUAUAAGCAUAUAUGUGGUUUUGCUAGCAGCCAUCCUGCCAUCUGAAAAUCAAGGCUCAAUUUUGUCAAAUUUUGCUAAAAGGUGCUUAGCCGUCGGGUAUGGUGGGGGCAUCGCGGUUUUAGUGCAGUUGACCAUGUUUCCAGUGACCGCUAGAGAUCAGUUGAGCGGAGAAGUUUCAUUUGUUGCAGGGUGCAUUUCAGAGAUGCAAGUGCUUUUGGCUGCUGGCCUUGAAGGAGAAAAUUUAAGUCGCAGCUUGACAGACGAGAAGUAUCAAAGGUUCGCAAAGAUUUCAUCGAGUGCAAAAGCCGCAUUAUCAAGAGCAUCUGGGUAUAAGAGUCUCACUCGGCAAGAGCCACGUCUUAAAGGAAACUUUGCGGAAAUCGAGAGGGCCUUUACGCAAAUAAUUUAUAUCCAAAGGCAGAUUAUUGAUCGAAUGGAUAAUGUGGUUCUCUUACGAAAACAAUAUGGUAGUGCAAUUGUUGAAGAAUUGAACGAUAUGGUAUAUGCAUAUAGGAGGCAGUACGUGGCCUCAAUCUCGACCCUUCUGAGAGCGGUUCAAGAAGCAAUCCGCAAUAAGACACCUCUACCUCAGUUUUUACCGAGUGCACGAAUUGCUCAUAGGAGAUUAGUGAACAGGGUUCAAAAUGCCCUCAAGUCGAGGUACGCCACCCAAAUGCGAAGUUUAAGACCCCGCGUGGUAAUUGACGUUUUCCAGAAUGAUCGAGAACCGUCGGACCUUGAUGAAGGUUCAAGAGUUGGUGACCAGAACGGAACGAGAAAUAGUUUAGCUCCACAUGAGUAUAUCAUGAAGGAAAAAUUUCUGAGUUGGAAUGCUUCAAGUGCCGCGGCCGAAGAGGUAACGGAGUAUGUGGAGGAAGUCGUGCAGCUCACUAAAAUUAUCGUGGGCGUCAACGAAUUCAAGUAUGGAUUUUUAUCACGGCCAUUGUACGUGGAUUGGGCUGCGGAAGCCGCCCUCAGGUUUGAUGAUUUUGUGAAGCAGCCGUGUCUCGAUAUUCAGAAGAAAAGCUGUGGAGGCAAUUUCAGCGCCGAGCGACAAGAAUCUCAUUUACAAACCACGACGAAUACUGAACUAGAGUCUUACGAUGACGUGAGCCUCGAAGAAGGGGGCCCCGUCGCCCUCGAUGCAGUCUCCAGCAGUGAUUCUCAGAUGUCAAAUAGCGUCAAUUUGGCUCACAUUGCAUCUCGUAAAAGUGAGGUACCGUCGCUGUCUGCAAGAAUCAGAAAAAGGGCCUUUUCGAUCGGUUCGAGAGGCAAGAUUGAGCAUUUGCCAUUUCUAUCCAAAAUUAAAACUUUGGGGCAUGGGGAAAUGGCAGAGUUUGUCGAUAUAGACUCAAAUUCUGACGAGGAGUUACCCUUGGCAUUGAAAAAAAUGAUAUUUAAGUGA